AUGAUUGGCAGCCUCCUACGUCAGUCCGGUUUAGGCUUAGAUCGAUUCACUCAUCCACUGGUUGGCUCUUUGCACAGUCCGACCAUGAAUCCGGUCAACGGGAUGCUCAGUUCCCAACCGCUGACUAAUUGCUUCACCACGGACGAUGGUAGUGGGAAUCCGGUCACCAUGCCAGCCAGUCCGGUUUAUGCGUGUUUUCAUGACCAGGUACCCACAGGUUAUUACGGGACGGCUACCAGUGGAGUGACACGGACGAUUCGACUCCCGGCCAACAUGGAAUUCGGUAUGCCCGUGAGUAGUAGUAGCGCGGGCCUAAUUGGUUUGAGCACAUUAGGCACGGGAGCUCGGAGCGUGGAAUAUUGUAGUGAGGACACGGAGGUGGCCAGCAGUGGUAGACAAAGUGGUAAGGACUAUUGUACUGUUCGAUAA